AUGUCAGGUAACGGAGAUAUGGACAAGUCUGUUUCUCCGAAUACAAGCAGUAGCUCCACCGCUCUACCCAACAGAAGCAAAGAUCUUCGAACUGCGUUGAGUGAAAAGGAUAAACUCAAUCAUUUUAAGGUGAAGGAAGCAACACAUAGACAAGCUAAUGCUUCUGGAAUUUUAGAAUCUAAAGCAUACAGUAAUGAAUACCAAGAGCCGCUUACAAUGAUGUCUGAUUCGACUUCCGGGGAAAAUAACUCCAGUGACACUACAAGGGAUCGUAAAAGAUAUCAUCGGGUUCCAUCAUAUAAAAAGAUAUCCUCCCCACCUUUAGGUGCAAGAAAGGUAUCUAGGAAAUUGCCAAAUUUUAGAGGUCUUUCUCAAAAUACAAGUACGUCGUCUGUGGCGCCUCAAAUUGUGUCAGCUAAAAAUGUGAGCAGAAUCAAUGGUCCAUUAAACAAAGCAGCGACGAAUCGACUACCAUAUAGAGCUGUAAGGCAUAAUCUUGAUAGUACGGCGGGUGAUACUUCAUCCGGGUUGGGAAGUACAUUAUCAAGUCAUAGGAAUUACGGAUCCGCAAGACAUUCCGUAGCCACUGGCCAACCGGAAAACGAACUCCCUUCUCAGAGAUACCAUCCGAGAAGUGGAAGAAAUUCACCGCAUCCAUUUGUUCAGAACUUUCCAGGACCACCAGAAUUUUUCGGAGCGACUUCUUCAAAGUAUGGAUUUCCUCGUAGAAGAGCAUAUUCGGAGAUCAAUAGGCCCGUGGAGACCGGAUUUAAUGAUGCCUUAUCCGGAUUUUAUGACAGUGAUGAAAGUGACGAGGACAUUGACAGCUCAGUCUAUAUAUCUUCAAACCCAUCAUCAAGGGAAGGUUCAGAUGCUUCAUCGAUCGAUGAUGUUUGCUUUCCCGUGGAAUCGAUUGACGAUACCGGCAAUAAGAAAACAUGGCCGGAUAUUGAUGUACUUAAUGAAUUUGCGCAAGAGGAAGUGCAGAGAAUAUCGAAGAUGCAGAAGGCUGCUUCUGAAAUAAGUCCGAAUUCAUCUGUCAAGGAUAAUAAUAGUGGGGUGAAUUUUGACUACCCAAUAGUGUCCAAUAUUGAGCAGGGAGAAGAUGCAUCCAUGGAGCCACUAAUCAGGUCAAAGGAGGAGGAAACUGGAUUAAUCAAUGGCCGUCUAAGGCCACCUAGGAUUACUCCAUGGGAUCGAGAACGCCAUGAUAGCUUUAGAGCAAAGGAGAGUAUGCUGGGAAAAUUUAGGUUUACAUAUUUCAGAGAAGACAUGCCCGAGACUAUACAUUCAAAGAAUAUUUCUGGCCUCAUUCACAAAGAAGGUCUGACUUUUGAAGAACUGUUUUCUCCAUCGUACUACAGAACAAAGUUGAGAGAUGUGUCGAGAGGAAGUACGAGCCCAGAACCUCAAAAUAGCUCAAAACUUUCUCAUGUAACAACUGCGUCCACAACACCAACGUCUUCUGUUGCUGAUUAUCCACAGAUGGAAAGGCAGUAUAUUCCACCUUUUUGGUUGGAUGUUUGCAAUCCUUCAGAAGAUGAAAUGAAGACACUUUCCAAAUCAUUUGGAAUUCAUCCUUUAACAAACGAAGAUAUCUUUUUGGGUGAGGCUCGGGAAAAAGUUGAACUAUUCAAAGACUAUUAUUUUGUUUGCUUUACAUCGUUUGACGUUGCUCAAGAACAUCACAGACAAAAAGUGAAGGAGAAGGCCAGAGCGUUGAGUGUUUUAGAUGAUGCGGAUGAGAUAAGAUCAAAAAAUGAAAACUGGUUGACACGGCUCAGGGAUCAGUUACAUCUGACCCAUGGCAGGAGACAUGCUUCUAAUGAUCAUAGCUCUUUACGUUCAAGUUCAAAGUCGCUCAAAAGAUCAAUCAAGUCAACAUCAUCCAGAAAGCAUUUGUCCAGGAAGGAUGAGUUGGUUUCAUUGAAUAUGUAUGUUGUUGUAUUUAGGCAUGGGGUUAUCACAUUCCAUUUCAAGCCGACUCCACAUCCAGGUAAUGUUAGAAGAAGAGCAAGAUUACUCAAGGAUUAUUUGACGAUGACGUCCGACUGGAUCGGCUACGCUUUGAUUGAUGAUAUCACAGAUGCAUUUGCACCUUUAAUUGAUAGUAUAGAGGUUGAGGUAAACUCAAUAGAGGAUGAAAUUUUAAAUAUGCAAAGUGGUGAUCAUUCUGGCAGUGAUGAUAGCAGUGAUGAAUCGGACGACGAGGAUCGGGUGUGGGUUAGACUCAAGAGAAGAAGUUCAACGAUUGGAGUUGGAAAUGAAUCAUUGCGGUCUUUGCCUCGUACACAUUCAUCAGCCUCUUCUUCGUCAUCUUCAUCAUCAUCAUCUUCUUCAAGUACAAAAAUUAUUAGCUGGAAGAGAAAAGGAGACAUGUUGCGUAGAAUUGGGGAAUGCAGAAAAAGAGUCAUGUCUUUGAUCAGAUUAUUGGGAUCAAAACCAGAUGUUAUAAAAGGUUUUGCAAAACGAUGCAAUGAACAAUGGGAGAUGGCUCCGAAAUCCGAGAUAGGAUUAUAUCUAGGAGACAUUCAAGACCAUGUUGUGACUAUGCUGCAGUCAUUAAAUCAUUAUGAAAAGGUUCUUGCAAGAUCCCAUUCCAAUUAUCUCGCUCAAAUUAAUAUUGAUAUGACGAAGGUGAAUAAUGAUAUGAAUGAUAUUCUUGGAAAAAUUACAAUUCUAGGCUCGAUUGUUCUUCCAUUGAAUGUUGUCACUGGUUUGUGGGGUAUGAAUUGCUUGGUUCCAGGACAGGAUAUUGAAAAUUUGAAUUGGUUCUAUGGUAUUUUGUGCGGAAUGCUUAUUUUUUCAUUCUUGAGUUACAUCUUCGUAAAGAGAGUGAGUGGUAUUGUUUGA